UUUCAUAUGGUUCGCACCAAGAGUUCCUCGAAUCAGCAUGAAACGUCCAAUUCAGCCAUUGCAACGUGCAAAGUAAUGCCUGCACAGUACAAUGAAAAUCAACUGGCACUAUGUUACGAGCCAGAUCGGAGCAAGCUUCACGCCAUUUACGAAUGUAUUAUAGAGAAAAUGCAGUAUGUCGAAAACUCAAGACGUCGAAUGGUACCGCAGUACUACGUGCGGUUUUUGGACAUUGCCGAAAAGUAUUCACAGUGGGUUAAUGAAGAUUAUCUUUUGGAGGACAAUGUUGACAAUAGAAAUCUGAUGGUGAAGGUCAACUCUAAAACCAUUGCUUCGUCCAAACUAACUCGCACCUCUAAACUGCUCUAUGAUUUGUCGCCUAAAGUCGAUCGAGGCUAUGUCAGGUUGAAAUCUGAGCAGAAAAUACCCACCAUUAAGCCAUUGGGCGUCACGAGCACUUCCUCAACCAAAUUGAUGACUGCAGAUCAAAGCGAGUUUCUAGAAGAAGUGGAAAGCAGCGGCGAGUAUUCGGAAGUUUCGACAAUAACAGGGACUUCCGACGUCCGAAGUUUCUCCUUGCGUCUCCCAGAUCGAAUCAUGAGGUUUCUGGAGUGGGAUUGUUACAAAGUGACUGUUGAAAAUAAGCAGUAUAAAUUGCCGCAAAAGAUAACUGUUGUGAGAAUUUUGGAGGAUUAUCUGGUUUGGUUUGUGAGCAAUGUGGCGUUCAAGAAAAAAGGAGACACUUACACUUUGCAGACGGGCGAAGUGAUCGAAGUUUUCGACCCUUUGACCUCGAUAAGCUUGUGCAAAGAAAUUUUGGACGGUAUGCGUGUGUAUUUUGACCUCGCUUUAUCGUCUAUACUUCUCUACAAAAAUGAAACACAGCUAUAUUUCGACGCGCAAGUUUCUUUAUCGGCUAACAGACUUCUAACGAAGUCAAAAGGAUGCAUAAAGACGGAAUUUUCUGUGCGGGAAAAUCGAGAAGAGGAAGCGUUGACGACAACUCGCAGACGGGCAAAAAGCUUGAGCCCAAGGAAAACUACUCGAAACUCGAGUAAGGGAUUGCAAGAUGAAACGAGUGAUUCAGGAUGCCCUGCAACUGACGUUGAUUCGAUUGAGGAUUCGCCAUCCAAGAGGCUGCGACUGAUUAACCAAAUCAAACUCCUGAGGUCUCCAUCGAUUGACGAUGAAGACGCAGCUCCUCGUACUAGAAGAUCAACAGAUCAGAAUGCAUCGAAUACUAAUGAUUCUGAAUCAAACAAGAAGCUGGAACAUUCUCUUGAAGUACAAAAAGCGCUUGAUGACGCUCGAAACUGGAGUUUGAUUCCUGUAAAAGCUCUAAAUGAAAAUGAUCCGAUUCCCCCUUGCUUAAUUUUCGGAGCUCCAUAUUUGUUCCGGUUCUUCGUAAAGUUUCCGCAAAUGAUAACUGACAGCGAAGUUCCAGAUAGCAGAGUGAAGAUCAUUUUGAAACAUUUGAAUUUGUUUCUGGAAAAGUAUGUAGUUAGUCGAAAUGAUUUGUUUAAUGUCAAUAUUUUUAAAUGAAUGGCUCGACCGUUUGUCAAUUAAA